AUGGAGGCUCAGCGACAGGUUCGAGGCCUGGGGAGUAACAACCCGGAUAUCCCCCACCCGGCAUCUAUAACUCGUCCGAUGGUCUCUGAAGAAUGGGACUAUGUCUCGCCAAGCGGCUAUCGUGUCUCCGAACAUAUGAUCAAUGAGCCAUUUCCGGGAAAGGAGUCGUUCAAGAUCAUCAUGGCCGGCUGUGGUCCAGCGGGAAUCGAUUUCCUACACCAUGCCGUGAAGGAAUUUGGGGCGGAAGGUGACUCUGGGGUAGAAUUCAUAUGCUAUGAAAAGAACCAUGACGUUGGCGGUACGUGGCUGGAGAAUAGAUACCCAGGUUGUGCCUGUGAUGUGCCAAGUGCUAGCUACCAGUUCCCCUGGAGACCAAAUCCCGACUGGACAAAGUAUUACUCCCCAUCAAAGGAGAUCUGGGAAUACUUUAAAGGGAUAGUUGAGGAAGAGGGGAUGAUGAAGUAUAUACGAUUACGAACUGCUGUCAUUCGAGCUGAAUGGGAUGAAGACAGGUCGAAAUGGCUAAUUACUGUCCAGGAAAGGGACACAACUGACGUUGUUGUCAAUACCUGGGUCGAGGAACAAAGUGCUUGGAAAUGGCCAGACAUACCCGGCCUUAAGUCCUUCAAAGGCAAACUGUUUCACACCGCGCGGUAUGAUGAAGGAUAUGACCUAAGGGCCAAACGGGUUGCUGUUAUUGGCUCUGGAAGCUCAGGGGUACAGACAGUGGCAGCUGUAUACAAUGACGUGGACAGGCUUUAUACUUGGGUGAGAACCCCUACUUGGAUCACUGCUGGAUUCGGACCUAAAUAUGCUGGAGAAGGGGGAUCAAACUUUUCUUAUGAUGAAGAACAAAAGAAAAUAUGGAGGGAUGACCCUGAAAAAUACAGAACAUACAGAAAAAUGAUCGAAGAUGAACUAAACAGUAGAUUUAGAUUCGUUCUAAGAAAUAGCAAAGAGUCUGAUGAUGCAAAUGAGUUCUCCUAUAAGGAGAUGACGUCGAAGCUCGGAGAUAAUCCACGACUUAAAGAUACAAUAAUACCCACUAACUUCAACGUCGGUUGCCGACGCGCCACUCCAGGAAAUGGAUAUCUCGAAGCUCUUGUGGGUGAGAAGACAACCUGCUAUACCGAAGCCAUCAAGCAAGUUACCGAAAAGGGAUUUCUAGACCCCGACGGCAAAGAGGUAGAAGUGGAUGUCAUUAUCUGUGCCACAGGAUUCGACACUUCAUUCCGUCCUCGAUUCCCCAUCAUUGGCCUUGAUAAGAAGGAUUUAGCCACGCGUUGGGCACGAGAGCCAGACGCUUAUGUAGCUGUCGGCGUUCCCAAUGUUCCCAAUUACUUCACAUAUACCGGCCCCUACGGGCCCCUGGCGCAGGGCUCUGUACUACCCCUGCUCACGUUAUACUCCAAUUAUUUCCUAGCUGUCAUCAGGAAGAUGCGCAAAGAGCACAUUCGUCGCCUAAGCCCCAAGGAGAGCGCGGCUGCUGCGUUUCAUGAACAUGCUAAAGUCUACUUGAGACGUACUGCCUGGGCGGAUCCGUGCAGCAGUUGGUUCAAACAGGGGAGAAAAGAUGGCAACAUCGUGAUGUGGCCGGGUAGUCGGCUUGCUUUCUUCGACGUUAUGCGCGAGCCUAAGUUUGAGGACUAUGAUAUUGAAUAUUGGAGUGGGAAUCGAUGGGGAUAUUUGGGUAGCGGGUUUACUACGGAGGAGUUUGACGGUGAGAGUGACAUUAGUUACUACUUGAAUUGUAAGUUGUAUCCGGAUGUGGAGAAGCGAAAGGAAACAAAUGCGGGAGACUCUUGUUUGUUGGGAAAAGCGGAUAUCAAUGGCCUGCUGCCUUGUACACCUGGGCAUAGCGGUGUACAUGCUGAAGCCCAUCCAUGA